AUGCAGCUUCCAACAGUGAACCCGGCGAUCCCAAAAUCUAGACCUACCUACUGCUUCUCCUUCGGAUAUUCCGACCCAACUGUGGGCCAGGAUAUCUCCCUGGGCUCAAUUUGCGACCAUACCACUCCAACAUCCUCCCUCCCCAGAUCACAAAAGUACAACAAGGCGCAAACUAACGGCCACCCCGGCCCGCCUCGCUACCAUGCCAACACUGUCAUCACUCUCGCCUAA